AUGGCUAGCCGAGAAGACUCCGUUUACAUGGCCAAGUUGGCCGAACAGGCCGAGCGAUACGAUGAGAUGGUCACCUACAUGAAGGAUGUGGCAAAGCUCAAUCAAGAGUUGACGAUCGAAGAGCGCAACUUGCUCUCAGUUGCCUACAAGAACGUCAUCGGGGCCCGCCGUGCGAGUUGGAGAAUUGUCAGCUCGAUCGAGCAGAAAGAAGAGGCCAAGGGCAACGAGGCUCAGAUCGGCCAGAUCAAGGCCUACCGUGACAAGAUCGAGGCUGAGCUCGGUAAGAUCUGCGAAGACAUCCUAGAGGUCCUCGACAGCCACCUCAUCAAAUCGGCCGAGUCGGGUGAGAGCAAGGUGUUCUACCACAAAAUGAAGGGUGACUACCACCGCUACCUUGCCGAGUUUGCAACCGGAGACAAGCGCACUGCCUCCUCGGAUGCAUCCCUCGAGGCCUACAAGGCUGCCUCAUCGAUCGCCACCGUCGAACUCGCCCCCACCCACCCCAUCCGCCUCGGCCUUGCGCUCAACUUCAGCGUGUUCUACUACGAGAUCCUCAACGCGCCCGAUAAGGCUUGCCAGCUCGCCAAGCAAGCCUUCGAUGACGCCAUUGCCGAGCUCGACACGCUGAGUGAAGAGAGCUACAAGGACUCCACCCUGAUCAUGCAGUUACUCAGGGAUAACUUGACACUCUGGACCUCGGACUUGAACGACAGCGUGCCCGAUGACAAGGAAGAAAAGGCUGCGGAGCCUGCUGCUGCUGCUGAGGGAGCUGCCGAACCUGCUGUUGAAGCAUGA